AUGGUCAGACUUUUUAGGCCCUUGCCACAUAGAACCUGUAUUUUCCAUUUACUUACUGUGCAUUUGGUGCCUUUGUAUGCUAGUCAUUACGAUGAUGAAGUGGUUCUGCAGUGCACCGCAACCAUCCACAAAGAACAACAGAAACUAUGCUUGGCAGCAGAAGGAUUUGGCAACAGACUUUGUUUCUUGGAGUCCACUUCCAAUUCCAAGAAUGUGCCCCCAGACCUCUCCAUCUGCACCUUUGUGCUGGAGCAGUCCCUCUCUGUCCGGGCCCUGCAGGAGAUGCUGGCUAACACCGUGGAGAAAUCAGAAGGGCAAGUUGAUGUGGAAAAAUGGAAAUUCAUGAUGAAGACUGCUCAAGGUGGUGGUCAUCGAACACUCCUCUACGGACAUGCCAUAUUGCUGCGCCAUUCCUACAGUGGCAUGUAUCUGUGCUGCCUGUCCACCUCCCGGUCUUCAACUGAUAAGCUGGCUUUUGAUGUUGGCUUGCAAGAGGACACCACAGGGGAGGCUUGUUGGUGGACCAUACACCCUGCCUCUAAGCAGCGAUCAGAAGGAGAAAAAGUACGAGUUGGAGAUGACCUCAUCUUAGUUAGCGUGUCCUCUGAAAGGUACUUGCACUUGUCUUACGGCAAUGGCAGCUUACACGUGGAUGCCGCUUUCCAGCAGACUCUCUGGAGCGUGGCCCCAAUCAGCUCAGGAAGUGAGGCAGCCCAAGGGUAUCUCAUUGGUGGUGAUGUCCUCAGGUUGCUGCAUGGACACAUGGACGAGUGUCUCACUGUCCCUUCAGGAGAACAUGGUGAAGAGCAGCGGAGAACUGUUCAUUACGAAGGUGGCGCUGUGUCUGUUCAUGCACGUUCCCUUUGGAGACUAGAGACACUAAGAGUUGCGUGGAGUGGAAGCCACAUAAGAUGGGGCCAGCCAUUCCGACUACGCCAUGUCACAACAGGAAAAUACUUGAGUCUCAUGGAAGACAAAAACCUUCUACUCAUGGACAAAGAGAAAGCUGAUGUAAAAUCAACAGCAUUUACCUUCCGGUCUUCCAAGGAAAAAUUGGAUGUAGGGGUGAGAAAAGAAGUCGACGGCAUGGGAACAUCUGAAAUAAAAUACGGUGACUCAGUAUGCUAUAUACAACAUGUGGACACGGGCCUAUGGCUUACUUACCAGUCUGUGGAUGUGAAAUCUGUGAGAAUGGGAUCUAUACAACGUAAGGCUAUUAUGCACCAUGAAGGACACAUGGAUGAUGGCAUAAGUUUAUCGAGAUCCCAGCAUGAAGAAUCACGCACAGCACGAGUUAUCCGGAGCACAGUCUUCCUUUUCAAUAGAUUUAUAAGGGGCCUCGAUGCUCUCAGCAAGAAAGCGAAGGCUUCCACCGUCGAUUUGCCGAUAGAAUCCGUGAGUCUAAGUCUGCAGGAUCUCAUUGGCUACUUUCACCCGCCCGAUGAGCAUUUAGAACAUGAAGACAAACAGAACAGACUACGAGCCCUGAAGAAUCGGCAAAAUCUCUUCCAGGAAGAGGGAAUGAUCAACCUCGUGCUCGAGUGCAUAGACCGAUUGCACGUCUACAGCAGUGCAGCACACUUUGCUGAUGUUGCUGGGCGAGAAGCAGGGGAGUCUUGGAAAUCCAUUCUGAAUUCUCUGUAUGAGUUGCUGGCGGCUCUAAUUAGAGGAAAUCGUAAAAACUGUGCUCAGUUUUCCGGCUCCCUUGACUGGUUGAUCAGCAGAUUGGAAAGACUGGAAGCUUCUUCGGGCAUUCUGGAAGUUUUACACUGUGUUUUAGUAGAAAGUCCAGAAGCUCUAAAUAUUAUUAAAGAAGGACAUAUUAAAUCCAUUAUCUCACUUUUAGACAAGCAUGGAAGAAAUCACAAGGUCCUGGACGUGUUGUGCUCACUCUGUGUUUGCCAUGGGGUUGCAGUCCGUUCUAACCAGCACCUCAUCUGUGACAAUCUCUUACCAGGAAGAGAUCUGUUACUACAGACACGUCUUGUGAACCACGUCAGCAGCAUGAGACCCAAUAUUUUUCUGGGCGUCAGUGAAGGUUCUGCUCAGUAUAAGAAAUGGUACUAUGAAUUGAUGGUGGACCACACAGAGCCCUUUGUGACAGCUGAAGCAACGCACCUGCGAGUGGGCUGGGCUUCCACUGAAGGGUAUUCUCCCUACCCCGGAGGGGGCGAAGAGUGGGGUGGAAAUGGUGUUGGAGAUGAUCUCUUCUCCUAUGGAUUUGAUGGCCUUCAUCUCUGGUCAGGUUGUAUUGCUCGUACUGUAAGCUCACCAAACCAACAUCUGUUAAGAACUGAUGAUGUCAUCAGUUGCUGUUUAGAUCUAAGUGCCCCAAGCAUCUCGUUCCGGAUUAAUGGACAACCUGUUCAAGGGAUGUUUGAGAAUUUCAACAUCGAUGGCCUCUUCUUUCCAGUCGUUAGUUUCUCUGCAGGAAUAAAAGUACGCUUUCUGCUUGGGGGGCGACAUGGAGAAUUCAAAUUUCUUCCUCCACCCGGGUACGCUCCUUGUUAUGAAGCUGUUCUGCCAAAAGAAAAGUUGAAAGUGGAACACAGCCGAGAGUACAAGCAAGAAAGAACUUACACACGCGACCUGCUGGGCCCCACGGUUUCCCUGACACAAGCUGCCUUCACACCGAUCCCUGUGGAUACCAGCCAGAUUGUGUUGCCUCCUCAUCUAGAAAGAAUAAGAGAAAAACUGGCAGAGAAUAUCCAUGAACUCUGGGUUAUGAAUAAAAUUGAACUUGGCUGGCAGUAUGGACCGGUUAGAGAUGACAACAAGAGACAGCACCCAUGCCUGGUGGAGUUCUCCAAGCUGCCUGAACAGGAGCGCAAUUACAACUUACAAAUGUCGCUUGAGACCCUGAAGACUUUGUUGGCAUUAGGAUGUCAUGUGGGUAUAUCAGAUGAACAUGCUGAAGACAAGGUGAAAAAAAUGAAGCUACCCAAGAAUUACCAGCUGACAAGUGGAUACAAGCCCGCCCCUAUGGACCUGAGCUUUAUCAAACUCACCCCGUCUCAAGAAGCAAUGGUGGACAAGUUGGCAGAAAAUGCACACAAUGUGUGGGCGCGGGAUCGAAUCCGGCAGGGCUGGACUUACGGCAUCCAGCAGGACGUAAAGAACAGAAGAAAUCCUCGCCUUGUUCCUUACACUCUUCUGGAUGACCGAACCAAGAAAUCCAACAAGGACAGCCUCCGCGAGGCCGUGCGCACGCUGCUGGGGUACGGUUACAACUUGGAAGCACCAGAUCAAGACCAUGCAGCCAGAGCCGAAGUGUGCAGCGGCACUGGGGAAAGGUUCCGAAUCUUCCGUGCUGAGAAGACUUACGCAGUGAAGGCGGGACGGUGGUAUUUUGAAUUUGAGACGGUCACUGCUGGAGACAUGAGAGUUGGUUGGAGUCGGCCUGGUUGUCAACCGGAUCAGGAGCUCGGCUCGGAUGAACGUGCCUUUGCCUUUGAUGGCUUCAAGGCCCAGCGGUGGCAUCAGGGCAACGAACACUAUGGGCGCUCUUGGCAAGCAGGCGAUGUCGUGGGCUGUAUGGUUGACAUGAACGAACACACCAUGAUGUUCACACUGAAUGGUGAAAUCCUUCUUGAUGAUUCAGGUUCAGAACUGGCUUUCAAGGACUUUGAUGUUGGUGAUGGAUUCAUACCUGUGUGUAGCCUUGGAGUGGCUCAAGUGGGCAGGAUGAACUUUGGAAAGGAUGUCAGCACCUUGAAAUACUUCACCAUCUGUGGCUUACAAGAGGGCUAUGAACCAUUUGCCGUUAAUACAAACAGGGAUAUUACUAUGUGGCUGAGCAAGAGGCUUCCUCAGUUUCUCCAAGUUCCAUCAAACCAUGAACAUAUAGAGGUGACCAGAAUAGACGGCACCAUAGACAGUUCCCCAUGUUUAAAGGUCACUCAGAAGUCUUUUGGUUCUCAGAACAGCCACACUGAUAUCAUGUUCUAUCGCCUGAGCAUGCCGAUCGAGUGCGCGGAGGUCUUCUCCAAGACUGUGGCUGGAGGGCUCCCUGGGGCUGGCCUUUUUGGGCCCAAGAAUGAUUUGGAAGAUUAUGAUGCUGAUUCUGACUUUGAGGUUCUGAUGAAGACAGCUCAUGGCCAUCUAGUGCCCGAUCGUGUUGACAAAGACAAAGAAGCUACCAAGCCAGAGUUUAAUAACCACAAAGAUUAUGCCCAGGAAAAGCCCUCUCGUCUGAAACAAAGAUUUUUGCUUAGAAGAACAAAGCCAGAUUACAGCACGAGCCAUUCUGCAAGACUCACCGAAGAUGUCCUUGCUGAUGAUCGGGAUGAUUAUGAUUUCUUGAUGCAAACGUCCACGUACUAUUACUCAGUGAGAAUCUUCCCUGGACAAGAACCUGCUAAUGUCUGGGUGGGCUGGAUUACAUCGGAUUUCCAUCAGUAUGACACAGGCUUUGACUUGGACAGAGUUCGCACAGUAACAGUUACUCUAGGAGAUGAAAAAGGAAAAGUGCAUGAAAGCAUCAAACGCAGCAACUGCUAUAUGGUAUGUGCGGGUGAGAGCAUGAGCCCCGGGCAAGGACGCAACAAUAAUGGACUGGAGAUCGGCUGUGUGGUGGAUGCUGCCAGCGGGCUGCUCACGUUCAUUGCCAAUGGCAAGGAACUGAGCACAUACUAUCAGGUGGAGCCGAGUACAAAAUUAUUUCCUGCGGUUUUUGCACAAGCCACAAGUCCGAAUGUUUUCCAGUUUGAGUUGGGAAGAAUAAAGAAUGUGAUGCCUCUCUCGGCGGGAUUAUUCAAGAGUGAGCACAAGAACCCCGUGCCGCAGUGCCCCCCGCGCCUCCACGUGCAGUUCCUGUCACACGUGCUGUGGAGCAGAAUGCCCAACCAGUUUUUGAAGGUAGAUGUGUCUCGAAUAAGUGAACGCCAAGGCUGGUUGGUGCAGUGUUUGGAUCCUCUGCAGUUCAUGUCUCUUCAUAUCCCUGAGGAAAACAGAUCUGUUGACAUCUUAGAGUUGACAGAGCAGGAGGAGUUGCUGAAAUUUCACUAUCACACUCUGCGGCUCUACUCAGCCGUCUGUGCUCUUGGGAACCACCGGGUGGCCCACGCCCUGUGCAGCCACGUGGAUGAACCUCAGCUCCUCUACGCCAUUGAGAACAAGUACAUGCCUGGCUUGCUGCGUGCUGGCUACUAUGACCUGCUGAUCGACAUCCACCUGAGCUCCUAUGCCACUGCCAGGCUCAUGAUGAACAACGAGUACAUUGUCCCCAUGACGGAGGAGACGAAGAGCAUCACCCUGUUCCCUGAUGAGAACAAAAAGCAUGGCCUUCCAGGGAUCGGCCUCAGCACCUCCCUCAGGCCACGGAUGCAGUUUUCCUCCCCCAGUUUUGUAAGUGUUAGUAAUGAAUGUUACCAGUACAGUCCAGAGUUCCCACUGGAUAUCCUCAAGGCCAAGACCAUACAGAUGCUGACGGAAGCUGUUAAAGAGGGCAGUCUUCACGCGCGGGACCCAGUUGGAGGGACUACUGAAUUCCUCUUUGUGCCUCUCAUCAAGCUUUUCUAUACCCUGCUAAUCAUGGGCAUCUUCCACAACGAGGACUUGAAGCACAUCUUGCAGCUGAUCGAGCCCAGUGUGUUUAAAGAAGCGGCCACUCCAGAGGAGGAGAGUGAUACGCUGGAGAAAGAGCUCAGUGUGGAUGACGCAAAGCUGCAAGGAGCUGGUGAGGAAGAAGCCAAGGGUGGCAAGCGGCCCAAGGAAGGCCUGCUCCAAAUGAAACUGCCAGAGCCAGUUAAAUUGCAGAUGUGCCUACUGCUUCAAUACCUCUGUGACUGCCAGGUCCGGCACCGGAUAGAAGCCAUUGUAGCCUUUUCAGACGAUUUUGUAGCUAAGCUCCAAGACAAUCAACGUUUCCGAUACAACGAAGUUAUGCAAGCCUUAAACAUGUCAGCUGCACUCACAGCCAGGAAAACAAAGGAAUUUAGAUCACCACCUCAAGAGCAGAUCAAUAUGCUUCUCAAUUUUAAGGAUGACAAAAGUGAAUGUCCGUGUCCAGAAGAAAUUCGUGACCAACUAUUGGAUUUCCAUGAAGAUUUGAUGACGCAUUGUGGAAUUGAGCUGGAUGAAGAUGGGUCUCUGGAUGGAAACAGUGAUUUAACAAUUAGAGGGCGUCUGCUAUCCCUGGUAGAAAAGGUGACAUACCUGAAGAAGAAACAAGCAGAAAAACCAGUUGAGAGUGACUCCAAAAAGUCCUCCACUCUGCAGCAGCUGAUCUCUGAGACCAUGGUCCGAUGGGCUCAGGAGUCUGUCAUUGAAGACCCCGAGCUGGUGAGGGCCAUGUUUGUGUUGCUCCAUCGGCAGUAUGAUGGCAUUGGGGGUCUUGUUCGGGCCCUGCCAAAGACCUACACGAUAAAUGGUGUGUCCGUGGAGGACACCAUCAACCUGCUGGCGUCCCUUGGUCAGAUUCGGUCCCUGCUGAGUGUGAGAAUGGGCAAAGAAGAAGAGAAGCUUAUGAUUCGUGGAUUAGGGUAAAUACAGUACAAUCCAGGUUAUAUUUCAUCUUCAUUUGAAUUAACAGCCUCCCCAGCUAUGAGAGGUUCAACACCACUGGAUGUGGCUGCAGCUUCGGUGAUGGAUAAUAAUGAACUAGCAUUAGCUCUGCGUGAGCCGGAUCUAGAAAAGGUAGUUCGUUACUUGGCUGGUUGUGGACUGCAGAGUUGCCAGUUGCUGGUGUCUAAGGGUUAUCCAGACAUUGGGUGGAAUCCAGUUGAAGGAGAGAGAUAUCUUGACUUUCUCAGAUUUGCUGUCUUCUGUAAUGGGGAGAGUGUGGAGGAGAAUGCAAAUGUCGUGGUGAGAUUGCUUAUUCGGAGGCCUGAGUGUUUUGGUCCUGCUUUGAGAGGAGAAGGUGGGAAUGGGCUUCUUGCAGCAAUGGAAGAAGCCAUCAAAAUCGCCGAGGAUCCUUCUCGAGAUGGUCCCUCACCAAAUAGCGGAUCCAGUAAAACACUUGAUACAGAGGAGGAGGAAGAUGACACUAUCCACAUGGGGAACGCGAUCAUGACCUUCUAUGCAGCUUUGAUUGACCUCUUGGGACGCUGUGCGCCUGAGAUGCAUUUGAUUCAUGCUGGUAAGGGAGAAGCCAUCAGAAUUAGGUCUAUUUUGAGAUCCCUAAUUCCCUUGGGAGAUUUGGUGGGCGUUAUCAGCAUCGCUUUUCAGAUGCCAACAAUAGCCAAAGAUGGGAAUGUGGUGGAACCUGACAUGUCUGCGGGGUUUUGCCCAGAUCACAAGGCAGCCAUGGUUUUAUUCCUUGACAGGGUCUAUGGAAUUGAGGUUCAAGACUUCCUCCUCCAUCUUCUUGAGGUUGGCUUUCUGCCAGAUCUCCGGGCGGCUGCUUCUUUAGAUACGGCGGCUUUGAGUGCUACAGACAUGGCCUUGGCCCUCAAUCGGUACCUUUGCACGGCCGUCUUGCCGUUGCUAACGAGAUGUGCUCCUCUCUUUGCUGGCACAGAGCACCAUGCUUCUCUCAUUGACUCAUUGCUUCAUACUGUGUAUAGACUUUCUAAGGGCUGUUCACUUACCAAAGCUCAGCGGGAUUCUAUAGAAGUUUGUUUGCUCUCUAUUUGUGGACAACUGAGACCUUCUAUGAUGCAGCACUUACUCAGAAGAUUAGUAUUUGAUGUUCCAUUAUUAAAUGAACAUGCAAAGAUGCCUCUUAAACUGCUGACAAAUCAUUAUGAAAGAUGCUGGAAAUAUUACUGCCUGCCUGGAGGGUGGGGAAACUUUGGUGCUGCCUCAGAAGAAGAACUUCAUUUAUCAAGAAAGUUGUUCUGGGGCAUUUUUGAUGCCCUGUCUCAAAAGAAAUAUGAACAAGAGCUUUUCAAACUGGCACUGCCUUGCCUGAGUGCAGUUGCGGGAGCUUUGCCUCCAGACUACAUGGAGUCAAAUUAUGUCAGUAUGAUGGAAAAACAGUCAUCAAUGGAUUCUGAAGGGAACUUUAACCCACAACCUGUUGAUACCUCAAAUAUUACAAUUCCUGAGAAGUUGGAAUACUUCAUUAACAAAUAUGCAGAACACUCGCAUGACAAAUGGUCAAUGGACAAGUUGGCAAAUGGAUGGAUUUAUGGAGAAAUAUAUUCAGACUCUUCUAAGGUUCAACCAUUAAUGAAGCCAUACAAGCUAUUGUCUGAAAAGGAAAAAGAAAUUUAUCGCUGGCCAAUCAAAGAAUCUUUAAAAACUAUGCUGGCUUGGGGCUGGAGAAUUGAAAGAACUCGAGAGGGAGACAGCAUGGCCCUUUACAACCGGACUCGUCGUAUUUCUCAGACAAGCCAGGUUUCUGUAGACGCUGCCCAUGGUUACAGUCCCCGGGCCAUUGACAUGAGCAAUGUUACGCUAUCUAGAGACCUGCAUGCUAUGGCAGAAAUGAUGGCUGAAAACUACCAUAAUAUAUGGGCAAAGAAAAAGAAAAUGGAGUUGGAGUCCAAAGGAGGAGGUAACCACCCUCUGCUGGUGCCCUAUGAUACACUGACAGCCAAAGAGAAAGCCAAGGAUAGAGAAAAAGCACAGGACAUCCUCAAGUUCUUGCAGAUCAAUGGAUAUGCUGUAUCCAGAGGAUUUAAGGACCUGGAACUGGACACGCCUUCUAUUGAGAAACGAUUUGCCUACAGUUUCCUCCAACAACUCAUUCGCUAUGUGGAUGAAGCCCAUCAGUAUAUCCUGGAGUUUGAUGGUGGCAGCAGAGGCAAAGGAGAACAUUUCCCUUAUGAACAAGAAAUCAAGUUCUUUGCAAAAGUCGUUCUUCCUUUAAUUGAUCAGUAUUUCAAAAACCAUCGUUUAUACUUCUUAUCUGCAGCAAGCAGACCUCUCUGCUCUGGAGGACAUGCUUCCAACAAAGAGAAAGAAAUGGUGACUAGCCUAUUCUGCAAACUUGGAGUUCUUGUCAGGCAUAGGAUUUCACUAUUUGGCAAUGAUGCAACAUCAAUUGUCAACUGUCUUCAUAUUUUGGGUCAGACUUUGGAUGCAAGGACAGUGAUGAAGACUGGCCUGGAGAGUGUUAAAAGUGCACUCAGAGCUUUUCUGGACAAUGCUGCAGAGGAUCUGGAGAAGACUAUGGAAAACCUCAAGCAGGGCCAGUUCACUCACACCCGAAACCAGCCCAAAGGGGUUACUCAGAUUAUCAAUUACACCACAGUGGCCCUGCUUCCAAUGCUGUCGUCAUUAUUUGAGCAUAUUGGCCAGCAUCAGUUCGGAGAAGACCUCAUAUUGGAAGAUGUCCAGGUGUCUUGUUAUAGAAUUCUGACUAGCUUAUAUGCUUUGGGAACCAGCAAGAGUAUUUAUGUGGAGAGGCAACGUUCUGCGUUAGGAGAAUGUCUUGCUGCGUUUGCCAGUGCCUUUCCUGUAGCAUUUUUGGAAACUCAUCUGGACAAACAUAAUAUUUACUCCAUCUACAAUACCAAGUCUUCACGAGAAAGAGCAGCUCUCAGUUUGCCAACUAAUGUGGAAGAUGUUUGUCCAAAUAUACCGUCUUUGGAGAAACUCAUGGAAGAAAUCGUGGAAUUAGCUGAGUCCGGCAUUCGCUACACUCAAAUGCCACAUGUCAUGGAAGUCAUACUGCCCAUGCUUUGCAGCUACAUGUCUCGUUGGUGGGAGCAUGGGCCUGAGAACAAUCCAGAACGGGCCGAGAUGUGCUGCACAGCCCUGAACUCAGAGCACAUGAACACACUUCUAGGGAACAUAUUGAAAAUCAUAUAUAAUAACUUGGGGAUUGAUGAGGGAGCCUGGAUGAAGAGGCUAGCAGUGUUUUCCCAGCCUAUAAUAAAUAAAGUGAAACCUCAGCUCUUGAAAACUCAUUUCUUGCCAUUAAUGGAGAAACUCAAGAAAAAGGCAGCCAUGGUGGUGUCUGAGGAAGACCACCUGAAAGCCGAGGCCAGGGGGGACAUGUCAGAGGCUGAACUCCUCAUCCUAGAUGAGUUCACCACGCUGGCCAGAGAUCUCUAUGCCUUCUACCCUCUCUUGAUUAGAUUUGUGGACUAUAACAGGGCAAAGUGGCUGAAGGAGCCUAACCCGGAAGCAGAGGAGCUCUUCCGCAUGGUGGCAGAAGUGUUUAUCUACUGGUCGAAAUCCCAUAAUUUCAAAAGAGAAGAGCAGAACUUCGUUGUACAGAAUGAAAUCAACAAUAUGUCUUUCCUUAUUACUGAUACCAAGUCCAAGAUGUCCAAGGCAGCUGUUUCUGAUCAGGAAAGGAAGAAAAUGAAGCGCAAAGGAGAUCGGUAUUCCAUGCAGACCUCCCUGAUUGUAGCAGCUCUGAAGCGCUUACUGCCCAUUGGGUUGAACAUCUGUGCCCCAGGGGACCAGGAGCUCAUUGCUCUAGCCAAAAAUCGAUUUAGCCUGAAAGAUACUGAGGAUGAAGUACGAGAUAUAAUCCGCAGCAAUAUUCAUUUACAAGGCAAGUUGGAGGAUCCUGCUAUUAGAUGGCAAAUGGCUCUUUACAAAGACUUACCAAACAGGACUGAUGAUACCUCAGAUCCAGAGAAGACGGUAGAAAGAGUAUUGGAUAUAGCAAAUGUGCUUUUUCAUCUUGAACAGAAGUCUAAACGUGUGGGUCGGAGACAUUACUGUCUGGGAAGUACUGUGGAACAUCCUCAGAGAUCUAAAAAGGCUGUAUGGCAUAAACUACUCUCUAAGCAGAGGAAAAGGGCUGUUGUCGCCUGCUUCCGGAUGGCCCCCUUAUAUAAUCUGCCAAGGCAUCGGGCUGUCAAUCUCUUUCUUCAGGGAUAUGAAAAGUCUUGGAUUGAAACAGAAGAACAUUACUUUGAAGAUAAACUGAUAGAAGAUUUAGCAAAACCUGGGGCUGACCCUCCAGAAGAAGAUGAAGGCACUAAGAGAGUUGAUCCUCUACAUCAGCUGAUCCUUCUGUUUAGUCGGACAGCUUUAACAGAGAAAUGCAAACUGGAGGAAGAUUUUUUAUAUAUGGCCUAUGCAGAUAUUAUGGCAAAGAGUUGUCAUGAUGAGGAAGAUGAUGACGGUGAAGAGGAAGUGAAGAGUUUUGAAGUCACAGGAUCCCAACGCAGCAAGGAAAAAGAAAUGGAAAAGCAAAAGCUUCUAUACCAGCAAGCCCGACUCCACGACCGUGGUGCGGCUGAGAUGGUGCUGCAGACCAUCAGUGCCAGCAAAGGUGAAACUGGACCAAUGGUAGCAGCUACUUUGAAACUUGGAAUUGCUAUUUUAAAUGGUGGGAACUCCACAGUACAGCAGAAAAUGCUUGACUACCUCAAGGAGAAAAAGGAUGUGGGCUUCUUUCAGAGCCUGGCCGGCCUGAUGCAGUCAUGUAGUGUCCUUGACCUAAAUGCAUUUGAGCGACAAAACAAAGCUGAAGGUCUUGGGAUGGUGACAGAGGAAGGAUCAGGAGAAAAGGUUCUACAGGACGAUGAGUUCACCUGUGACCUCUUCCGAUUCCUGCAGCUACUCUGUGAGGGACACAACUCAGAUUUUCAGAAUUAUCUGAGAACUCAGACUGGCAAUAAUACAACUGUCAACAUAAUCAUCUCCACUGUAGACUACCUACUGAGAGUUCAGGAAUCAAUUAGUGACUUUUACUGGUAUUACUCUGGGAAAGAUGUUAUUGAUGAACAAGGACAACGGAAUUUCUCCAAAGCUAUUCAAGUGGCAAAGCAAGUCUUUAACACUCUUACAGAGUAUAUUCAGGGUCCUUGCACUGGGAAUCAACAGAGUUUGGCACACAGCAGGCUGUGGGAUGCUGUGGUCGGCUUUCUUCAUGUAUUUGCCCAUAUGCAGAUGAAGCUGUCGCAGGAUUCCAGUCAAAUUGAACUUUUAAAAGAAUUAAUGGAUCUGCAGAAGGAUAUGGUGGUCAUGUUGCUGUCCAUGCUAGAAGGUAACGUUGUUAAUGGAACGAUUGGCAAACAGAUGGUGGAUAUGCUUGUGGAAUCUUCCAACAAUGUGGAGAUGAUUCUCAAAUUUUUUGACAUGUUCUUAAAACUGAAAGAUUUGACGUCGUCUGAUACUUUUAAAGAAUAUGACCCCGAUGGCAAGGGAGUCAUUUCCAAGAGGGACUUCCACAAAGCGAUGGAGAGUCAUAAGCACUACACGCAGUCAGAAACGGAAUUUCUUUUGUCUUGUGCGGAGACGGAUGAGAAUGAAACCCUUGACUAUGAGGAGUUCGUCAAACGCUUCCACGAACCUGCAAAGGACAUCGGCUUCAAUGUCGCCGUCCUUCUGACAAACCUCUCUGAGCACAUGCCCAACGAUACCCGACUUCAGACUUUCCUAGAAUUAGCCGAGAGUGUCCUGAAUUAUUUCCAGCCCUUUCUGGGCCGCAUCGAGAUCAUGGGAAGCGCCAAACGCAUCGAGAGAGUCUAUUUUGAAAUCAGUGAGUCCAGCCGAACCCAGUGGGAGAAGCCCCAGGUCAAGGAGUCCAAACGACAGUUCAUAUUUGAUGUGGUCAAUGAGGGAGGAGAAAAAGAGAAGAUGGAACUCUUUGUGAACUUCUGCGAGGACACCAUCUUUGAAAUGCAGCUGGCAGCUCAGAUCUCAGAGUCGGAUUUGAACGAGAGGUCAGCGAAUAAGGAAGACAGUGAGAAGGAGAGGCCAGAAGAGCAGGGGCCGAGAAUGGCUUUCUUCUCCAUUCUGACGGUCAAGUCGGCCCUGUUUGCGCUCAGGUACAAUAUCUUGACCCUUAUGCGAAUGCUCAGUCUGAAGAGCCUGAAGAAGCAGAUGAAAAAAGUCAAAAAGAUGACCGUGAAGGACAUGGUCACGGCCUUCUUUUCAUCCUACUGGAGUAUUUUUAUGACCCUCUUGCACUUCGUGGCCAGCGUUUUCAGAGGCUUUUUCCGCAUCAUUUGCAGCCUGCUGCUUGGGGGAAGCCUCGUCGAAGGUGCUAAAAAGAUCAAAGUUGCAGAACUCUUAGCCAACAUGCCAGACCCCACUCAGGAUGAGGUUAGAGGAGAUGGGGAGGAGGGAGAGAGGAAAACCCUGGAAGCCGCCCUGCCCUCUGAGGAUCUGACCGACUUAAAGGAGCUGACAGAAGAGAGUGACCUUCUUUCGGACAUCUUCGGCCUGGAUCUGAAGAGAGAAGGAGGACAGUACAAACUAAUCCCUCAUAAUCCAAAUGCUGGGCUCAGUGACCUCAUGAGCAACCCAGUCCCCAUGCCUGAGGUGCAAGAAAAAUUUCAGGAACAGAAGGCAAAAGAAGAAGAAAAGGAAGAAAAAGAAGAAACCAAAUCUGAACCUGAAAAAGCCGAGGGAGAAGAUGGAGAAAAAGAAGAGAAAGCCAAGGAAGACAAGGGCAAACAAAAGUUGAGGCAGCUUCACACACACAGAUACGGAGAACCGGAAGUGCCCGAGUCAGCGUUCUGGAAGAAAAUCAUAGCAUACCAACAGAAACUUCUAAACUAUUUUGCUCGCAACUUUUACAACAUGAGAAUGUUAGCCUUAUUUGUCGCAUUUGCUAUCAAUUUCAUCUUGCUCUUUUAUAAGGUCUCCACUUCUUCUGUGGUUGAAGGAAAGGAGCUCCCCACUAGAAGUUCAAGUGAAAAUGCCAAAGUGACCAGCCUGGACAGCAGCUCCCAUAGAAUUAUCGCAGUUCACUAUGUACUGGAGGAGAGCAGCGGCUACAUGGAGCCCACGUUGCGUAUCUUAGCUAUUCUCCACACGGUCAUUUCUUUCUUCUGCAUCAUUGGAUACUACUGCUUGAAAGUCCCGUUGGUUAUUUUUAAGCGAGAAAAGGAAGUAGCACGGAAAUUGGAAUUUGAUGGGCUUUAUAUUACAGAACAGCCUUCAGAAGAUGAUAUUAAAGGCCAGUGGGAUAGACUCGUAAUCAACACACAGUCAUUUCCCAACAACUACUGGGACAAAUUUGUUAAAAGAAAGGUAAUGGAUAAGUAUGGAGAGUUCUACGGCCGAGACAGAAUUAGUGAAUUACUUGGCAUGGACAAGGCAGCUCUGGACUUCAGUGAUGCCAGAGAAAAGAAGAAGCCAAAGAAAGACAGCUCCUUAUCAGCUGUACUGAACUCUAUUGAUGUGAAGUAUCAGAUGUGGAAACUAGGAGUCGUUUUCACUGACAACUCCUUCCUCUACCUAGCCUGGUAUAUGACUAUGUCUGUUCUUGGACACUAUAACAACUUUUUUUUUGCUGCUCACCUUCUCGACAUUGCUAUGGGAUUCAAGACAUUAAGAACCAUCUUGUCCUCAGUAACUCACAAUGGCAAACAGCUCGUAUUAACUGUUGGCUUGUUAGCUGUUGUUGUGUACCUGUACACUGUGGUGGCAUUCAAUUUUUUCCGAAAAUUCUACAAUAAAAGUGAAGACGGUGAUACACCAGAUAUGAAAUGUGAUGAUAUGCUAACGUGCUAUAUGUUCCACAUGUAUGUUGGAGUUCGUGCUGGAGGAGGGAUCGGGGAUGAAAUCGAAGACCCAGCAGGAGAUGAAUAUGAGAUCUAUCGAAUCAUCUUUGACAUCACUUUCUUCUUCUUUGUUAUUGUCAUUCUCUUGGCCAUAAUACAAGGUCUAAUUAUCGAUGCUUUUGGAGAACUAAGAGACCAACAGGAACAAGUCAAAGAAGACAUGGAGACCAAAUGCUUCAUCUGUGGGAUAGGCAAUGAUUACUUCGACACAGUGCCACAUGGCUUUGAAACCCACACUUUACAGGAGCACAACUUGGCUAAUUACUUGUUUUUUCUGAUGUAUCUUAUAAACAAAGACGAAACAGAACACACAGGACAGGAAUCUUAUGUCUGGAAGAUGUAUCAAGAAAGGUGCUGGGAAUUUUUCCCAGCAGGGGAUUGUUUCCGGAAACAGUAUGAGGACCAGCUAAAUUAAACAAACUCAGACCCCAAUCACCUCUCAAAACCAAAACCCCACCCCUCUCUCAAUUUCUCUGCUCUCUUGGAAACAUUUUGCUGAUUUUGUGAAUUGCCAGCGCUGUGUGUUUUCUGGGAGCAUCAAAACUCUGUUUCGGGAGACCUGUUUCCCCACCCCCCGCCACCGUCUGUAUUUACGUUGAGACUAAACACGGAAGAAUAAUCUAAAUUCAUACUCAGACAAAAAAAUGAAUUCUGGAAAGAAAACCAUUCUGGACACUGUCAUAACACACAUAGACAGAUUUUCUUCUGAGGCUCCUGGAGUCUCCUCGAGCUACGGGACCUUCACAGAGACGCGUGGCAGCCACACUCACCCGGCCUCUUUAUUUCACCAUCCUGGAAGGAAGCUGUCUAAUGGUCACAGAGCACUGUAGCACUUAACAGACUGCCAUGGACACCAGUUGCGAAGGGAAAUAGUGCCUUACUAUAUGUGGGUUGAGCUAUGCAGAAGAUAUGUGCAUGAAAAAACAUCUUUAUUUUCUUUAUGUCGACCUUUCUUUUCUUAGAUUGAUUUUAUGAGGUUUUUUUUUUUUUUCCUUUAGUCUUUUCUUUGGUGGGGGAGGGUAAGAAAAGCAGUUUGCACCUUAAAAAGAGAAAGAAAAAAAAAAAAGCGGGUGGUGUGUCUCAGGACAAAAGGAGGCUCUUCCUAUUCAGCUAAAUUCACAUUUGCCCUCCCCCCACCCCCCGCCAUAUGCUCCUGCUAUUAUUUUGGUAAUGCUCUGAUGCAACAUUGCAACUUUAUGAAAUCUUUGUAUGAAAACAAAAAGACUGCAAAAAAUACACUUUCAAAAGAAACCAUUCAUUGCAUGUUUAUUAUGCAAGUUUAAAUGAACAAAGAAAACCUUUGGAAACAAGUUGAUCAACGUGAGAGAAAUUUCAUGAUAAUUAUAUUCAUAGUAAUAAAGUGUCGUGGGCUUAAUUGUAUAUCUGGAGCCAGUGUCAUCCACCAACAAUGUGAUACGUUAUGAACUUGACAGUAGUUUUGGGCUUUUCUCUUUCUUUCAGCCACCUGUGAUCAGUUUUGUUGAUUAAGGACUUCUUGUCAGGUCAUUUUUUAAUAUUAAAGCUGAAGCAAUAUCCAUUCAGGGAUUUCAUCAGUUGCAUCACAAAACACGGAUGAUAAUAUACAUCACUCCAUUUUUUUCCAUUUUGAGUCCUUUUAAAUGUAAUGCUAACCUUUACAAUUAAAAAGUCAGAUUCAGAAUGGAAACAAGGUCAUUUUGCAAACAUUGGAGCUCUUUUAUUACAAGUCUGCUUGUUAAUUUUAGAAUUGUAAAACCGCUCUGAUUAAACUAUUUAACUAAC